AAAUUGAAUCUUUAGCUAAUGGAGGAAGAAAUGGAGUAUCGUCCUGGCAAAAUCGGAGUUGAAGUACGUGGAAUUGACCUGAAGAAAAAUGUGCCAGAGGAAAUUAUAGAAAAGAUCAAAAAGGACGUGCAUGUACAUAAACUUCUUAUAUUUAAAAACCAAGGCGUGAUAAGCGGCGAGCGACACGCGGAAAUAAGCCGUUGGUUCGGGGAGCUCGAGUCUACAUUUUAUAAGCAUGAAAGAUCCCCUCAUCCAGACGUUUUCCGGGUUUCUAAUGACAGCGUAGAAGGAUGUCGUGGUGUUGGACGAACCGGUUGGCAUAUUGAUGGCAGUUUUAUGAAGCAACCGUUUAGAUUUGCCAUUUAUCACAUGGUGUCUGUUCCACGAGAAGGAAGCACAGCCUUUAUAUCUCUCCAUGAUUUGAUUAACCGUCUACCGAGAGAGAAGAGAGAUAAAUGGAAUUCUCUAUGGAUGGUUAGUAACGGCCAUUAUGACGUCAUCCAUCCUCUCAUAUAUCCACAUCCUUCAACCGGUCAACCUACAAUGUGUUUCCAUUUAGGCAUGAUAGCCGAAAUUGUAUCUGAUGUCGGCCAUUUUAAUGAAAGAGUUUUUGACGACGAUGAAACUAAGGAUGUAUUAAAUGAUAUUUAUACAGAAAUAAACAAAAACAAAGAUCUCAUCUAUAAACAUCAGUGGGAAGAGGGGGAUUUUAUAAUAUCAGACAAUUUGGCUGUUGGACACGAAGCUACACCAGAAACCCAAUAUCCCGUUUCACAAGUUGGACUCCGAGUGUUACACAGGUCGACAAUAAAGGGCGUCAAUUCUCCUUCUAAAAGCUGAUUCCAAUAUUUCUUCCUCUUUUAAAUAACUAAUAAUUGUAGAGUAUUUUACGCUUCCGGUUUUAUUAUUAAGCAAUAAUUGUGAUAUUAAUUGUGAUAUAUUUUAUGUGCUUUAACAUGCCUGUAGUGGUGUUUUAAUAAUAACCAAGUUUGGUCUAAAACAAUGUAGCACCCGGCAAACCUCGACAGUUUCCGGUACCCUACAUUCGUAGAAUUACCAAGGUUUGCCGAAUGACAAUGUAGUGCAGAGGUUUAGUGUCGCGAGGACAAAAGACUCAAGUAAAAGGCCCAGAAAUGAAAUCUGUGAGACGGGAAAACAUUUUAGAUAUGUGAAAUCAGAAGUAAUAAACUGUGCAGGGUUAGUGUGAACCAAAGUUAACGGUUAUAAUUUUAAAAAAAAAUUAAUUUGAGGAUGUAUUGGAUGUCUCCUGAAAUGUACCACUGCCCCCUUCCUAGAUAUACGAGCAAGAAAGAGCUUUUAAGAUUCUCAAACUUUUUAAAUUUAUAGUUAGGCUAUGCUUGUCAAAAGGAAAGAAACGAUUGCUCCUACUGGAGUUAUUUCCCUUUGUUAUUAGCAAUCUUUUUAGGUGUGUCACGCAACAGUUACAUUUAUAGCCUAUAUGACGUCAGUGCCUGAAUCAAUGUGCUGAAAUGUUUAUGGCUAUCGAUCUUAUUGUAUAAAACGAACCUAAUCGCGAUAUAAAAUAUUUUUCCCAAUGUGGAUAUUAGUGGUAUUCCAAGAGGACAACAAAUAUAUUCAAUAAUACUUCAAGAUUUUUAUUGUUAUAAUAUUUUAUCUUUCCCUGGUGGAUAUGUAUUCAUAUUUGUUUGUAAAUUGUUUGUUUUUGUCUAAGGUGUAAUUUUUAAGAUUUUGUUUAACUUUUUAAGUAAUCCGCUUUGAGAAUAUUUAUGUUAUAUUAAGAUGUAAUACACCUAUAUAUAUAUUUAUAAAAACAGUUAUAUGUAGGCCUACUGGUAGACUGAAAUUUUAUCUAUAAUAUUUAUAGGCUACAAUAAAAUAUGAAAUAA